CGCACUUCAAUUUUUCACUUUUUUUCUCUCCUAUUUUUCACUCCUCUGGCUUCCGGACGCUAACAUAGACCGCUGCCGCCGAAUUUAAAGAGACAGGGGAUAGCUAUUUUAAAUACGUUAACGGCAACCAUUGUUUUCUGAUGUUUUUUUCUCUGCCGGUUUGGUGAAACGGUGAUGUUUCGUCAAAGUCGCGGCGAGUAGCCAGCAGCGGCUCGUCUCCCCCUCAACUCUGCUGGAUUUCCCGUCCUUUUUUUUUUUUUUUUUUGCCUGCGUGCAAAAGACUGUCCAGUCAAGCAAAGUAGGGUUGCUGGCUGGCUGGUUACAGGCAGGCAGGCUGGCUCCCCGACCGAGAGCGAGGUUUGUCCGCUAGCCCAACAAACCAACAGCCGCCUCUGCGCUCUUAAGUUGCGGUAGCGGCUCUCCGGUCCUCCUCGCCGGGAUAAUGGCGAAGAUUCAGGCGCAUAGCGCCGCCAAGCAGAUCAGCCAGAUUCAAGACAAGCCGUACGUUAUCACACAAAAGCAAGUGCAGCAGCAACACUUCCAGAAGCUGAAGGUUGAAGAUGCCUUAUCUUAUCUGGACCAAGUGAAGAUCCGGUUUGCCAAUGAUCCGGGCAUCUAUAACAAGUUCCUGGACAUCAUGAAGGAGUUCAAGUCACAGAGCAUUGACACACCGGGGGUCAUAAACCGCGUGUCACAGCUAUUUCAUGGACAUCCAGACCUGGUCCUGGGCUUCAACGCCUUCCUGCCUCCAGGUUAUCGGAUAGAGAUUCCCAAAAAUGGGAUGGCGUUUCUCCAGUCUCCGUUCUCCGCUCAGGUGUCUCCGGGACAGCACACUAAAAAUCUGACCCCUCCUGCAGUGGGCUCGUCCUCAGGCCCCGCCUCCACGGUCCACGCUGAAGCUGGACCGGUCCAGACCAGUGAAGUCAAGGCGCCUUCGUCCGAUUCCCUGUCGUCCAGCUCGACGGGACCCGCAGAGCCCCCCAGCAGACUUUCUCUCCCCCUGACUAAAGAGAGCCACAAUCCGGCCGCCGUCUCCUCGGUGUCCCCGCCGGCGUCAGAGACCAGUCCUGUUGAGUUUGACAGUGCCAUCAGCUAUGUUAACAAGAUUAAAAACCGUUUUCUGGACCACCCAGAGAUUUAUAGAGCCUUCCUAGAAAUCCUCCACACCUAUCAGAAGGAGCAGCUGGAAGCCAAGGAGAGUCGGGGCAGCAGCGGCAUGACUGAAGACGAAGUCUUUUCCAAAGUGGCCAGCCUUUUUAAGGGGCAGGAGGAUCUUCUGGCUGAGUUUGGACAGUUCUUACCCGAUGCUAAGAGAUCUCUGUUCACGGGGAGUUCGCUGACGGGGAGCAAAGAGCCGCUGAAAAAGUCUGAGGAAGACGAUGUAUCAAGCAAACAGAACAAGAAGAGGCCCCGGCCCGUCCUCCUGCAGCACAUGUCUCCUCUGCUGAAGAAAAAAAUGAAGUAUUCUUGCACCAAAGAUCCGUCUUUUGCUUCAGCCGGGAAGCACGGCGUCCUGAGGGAAUUCUCCUUCUUUGACAAAGUCCGCCGCCUUUUCAAAAGCCAGGAAGUGUACGAGAACUUUCUGCGCUGCAUCGCGCUGUUCAACCAGGAAGUGGUUUCUGGAGCAGAGCUGCUCCAGCUGGUCACACCUUUCCUGGGGAAGUUUCCUGAGCUGUACUCGCAGUUCAAGUCCUUUCUGGGGGACAAAGAGCUGUGUCAUGGCGUGUCGGGGCUGUCGGACCGCUACAUGGAGGGGGGUGGAGGCAGGGAGGUGGAUUAUGCCUCCUGCAAGCGGCUGGGGUCCAGCUAUCGAGCGCUGCCAAAGACCUACCAGCAGCCCAAAUGCAGCGGGCGCACAGCCUUAUGCAAAGAGGUCCUGAAUGACACCUGGGUGUCAUUUCCUUCCUGGUCAGAAGAUUCUACAUUUGUCAGCUCGAAGAAGACUCCUUAUGAAGAGCAGCUGCAUCGCUGCGAGGAUGAAAGGUUCGAGCUGGAUGUCGUUCUGGAGACCAACCUGGCAACCAUCAGAGUGUUGGAGAGCGUCCAGAAGAAGCUGGCUCGCCUUUCUCCCGAAGACCAGGACCGGUUCCGGUUGGACGACUGCCUGGGCGGCACGUCUGAGGUCAUCCAGCGGCGUUCCGUCUACCGUAUCUACGGCGACAAAGCCCCAGAGAUCAUCGAGGGACUGAAGAGGAGUCCUGCCACCGCCGUGCCUGUGGUGCUGAAGAGGUUGAAAGCCAAGGAAGAGGAGUGGAGAGAAGCUCAGCAGGGAUUCAACAAAAUCUGGAGGGAGCAGUACGAGAAGGCCUACCUGAAGUCCCUGGACCACCAGGGCGUCAACUUCAAGCAGAACGACAUGAAGGCGCUGCGCUCCAAGAGCCUCCUCAACGAGAUCGAAAGCAUCUACGACGAGCGUCAGGAGCAGAGCACAGAGGAGGGCGGCGUCGGUCAGCAGAGUCGCAACGGCUCGGCCUCAACCAGCGAGCCGCACAUGGUGUUCACCUACGAAGACAAGCAGAUCCUGGAGGACGCCGCCGCUCUCAUCAUCUACCACGUCAAGAGACAGCCCACCAUUCACAAAGACGACAAAGACCACAUCAAGCGCAUCGUCCAGCACUUUGUCCCCGACCUGUUCUUCUCCAGACGUGGAGAGCUGAGCGACACCGAGGAGUGGACGGACGAGGAGGGAGAGCACGAGGAAGCUGCAGAGACGGGAGCGGCGGCGCCGGAGGCGGGAGGCGGCAGUAGUCAUUCCAAUGAUGCGUCAGGAACCGCGGCAGCAGCUGUCGGGGGCCACAGCCAGGCUGCCCACGCGCCGCCCAACAACAACCAGCCGCAAUUGCACCAGCAGCCCAACGGCGAGUCCAGGAGGCGGCGCUGCAGCCCGUCCCAAAGUCUGGACACGGAGGCCUCCACCACGUCAAGUAGCACCAGUCAGCCUCCAGACACCUCCUCGUCCACGCCAGGCCCCGCGCCUUUAGACACGCCCUCUGGCGGGGCCGCGGAAAAAAUGGACCUCCGUGACCCCGAAGCCGAGCACCAGAAGGAGAUGGACGGCGUCUACAACCUUUUCCUGGUCAACAACAACUGGUACUUCUUUCUGCGGCUGCACCAGACUCUGUGCUCGCGGCUGCUGCGGGUCUAUCGCCAAGCUGAGCGGCAGCUGCUGGAGCACCGGGCGGAGCAGAGCCGGGAGAGGCUGCUGGUGGCCGAGGGGAGGCGGGAAAAGACCUGCGACCUGGCCAUGGAGCUCCGCCUCAAGCAGCCCAGCGAGGUGGAGCUGGAGGAGUACUACCCGGCCUUCUUGGACAUGGUGCGCAGCCUUCUGGACGGCAACCUGGACUCCACGCAGUACGAAGACACGCUGAGAGAGAUGUUCACCAUCCACGCCUACAUCGGCUUCACCUUAGACAAGGUCAUACACAACAUCAUCCGACAGCUGCAGCACCUGGUGAGCGACGAGGUGUGUCUCCAGGUGGUGGACCUCUACCUGGCUGAGAGGAAGCGGGGGGCAGCGGGGGGGAACCUGUCCUCUCAGUGUGUCAGAGCCGCCUGGGAGACCAGCUACCAGUGGAAGGCCGAGAGAGUCAUGGCUGAAGAGAACUGCUUCAAGUUGAUGUUUAUUCAGAACAAAGGCCAGGUGACGAUGACCGUGGAGCUGCUGGACACCGAGGAGGCUCAGACUGACGACCCAUUGGAUGUCCAGUGCCUGUCCAGCUACAUGGAGCAGUUUGUUGGAACAGAGUCCAGUCUGUGCUCUCAGGCAGAGGGAUACUUCUUUAAACCCGUGUUUCUUCCCAGGAACCUUCGCCGUUUCCGCCGCUGGCAGGUGCGGCAGGUGGAGGCGAUGCGCUGCAGAAGAGAGUGGCACCGCCAGCUGGGCGUGGAAAGCGCCGGCAGCUUGGACUGUCGAUUUAAGCUCAACACUCACAAGAUGGUGUUUGUCAUGAACUCUGAGGACUACAUGUACCGCAGAGGAGCGCUGGUCAAGGCCAGAAAGUCGCAGCUCAGCGUAGCGGCCAGCCAGCACCAGCGCUUCCACAAGUGGCACAAAGGCUGGCUGAGCGAUCACGUCACCGCUGCUGCCGAGCGCUCCGUGCACAACUGGCUGAUGGGCGAGGAAGAGGAGGACUUCAUCCCCUGCAAGACCAGCUGCCUGCCCACCGAGGUGAAAGGACAGAUGGUCAACAGAUACCGCGUCCAUUACAGCAGUAGCAAAGCCCCCUCCUCCCCAUAAAAGACCUCCGCAGUGAUGAAGGUAGAACACGCACUCUUGCAGCUGCACUUAAAGAAACGGUCCAAACUCGGGCCAAUCAGUGAACUCAUUUCCAACACAGACGGUGGCGGGAAAACGAGGACCAACAUUCAGUGAAGAUCUCUGAGAGAGGACUUGGUCAGGACUGGCUGCACACCAGGCACAAACGGGACCGAGGAUCAUCUUCCUGGAAUGAUUCAGAUCAGUGGAGAGAGACAGCAGAUCGCUUGAGAACUUCUAUAAGAUGUUUUUUUCCCCCCAAACUGAUAAUGUUUUGAGUUUUUCCGUUAUUUUUCUUUUUAUGUCGUGUAGUUUUUAGCUUCUAAAGCAAGAGAGCCUUCUGCCUGUUGGUUUCUGUGUUUCUAUGGAGAGAUUACGCCGCGUGUGAUUGUGUGAUCCUGCUCUCAUCAUGUCUGUCUGUAGGUAAGCGCACAACAGAACUGCAUCAUCUGCAUACAGGGAGGGAUUUUUUUACACGGACCUACCAAAGUGGGUUGGUGUGGUUCUUUACAGUGUUUCACGUCAGCCAACUUUUGAAACAUUCUCUGUUUUUGUUUUAAAUCGUUUUUGUGUUGUGCUUAAAACACAUCUUCACCGCGGCGGGAAGGCGCCGUCGACACGGACGGGUUUCAUGUCCGCAGAGCAUCACGUUCAAGAUCUCACCAAAUGUUUUCUUUUUUUUUAUUUGAAUGAUGACAUUAAAAAAUAAAAGCUAAAUAUCAGUGUUAAAGAAUGUAUAACCCUGUAUCAGUCAUUAGAAAAUAAACCGACCUUGUUGUGACCUUCUUAGACGUUG